UCGCCGUUAACAUGACACUAGCAAGAAAAGCGCCGCAUUGAGCUUUCGACGAGCUUUUCACUACACGCGCGGCUAAUCGGUUGUUAUCGACGAUAUUUUGUAUGUAACGCAUAAAUUAAAAACAAGAAAAUAAAUACUACUAAUAUAAAAAGGAACUGUUAAAAAUAUUGUUACGAAAAUAAUGCGCGUGGAGUAUCAGUGUGAAGGAAAUUAAUUUUUGAAGAAAAAGUUUAAUAAAAAUCCGUCAAAAUUGAUCUAACAAUGUCUCUGGGUAAACAGCCCAACGACCACAUAAAGAGGCCAAUGAAUGCCUUCAUGGUGUGGUCGAGAGGGCAGCGCCGGAAGAUGGCGCAGGACAACCCGAAAAUGCACAACUCUGAAAUCUCCAAGAGGCUGGGCGCUGAGUGGAAGCUGCUCACUGAGAUGGAGAAGCGACCCUUCAUUGAUGAAGCUAAGAGACUCAGGGCACUGCACAUGAAAGAACACCCCGACUACAAAUAUCGACCACGACGAAAGCCGAAACCGCUCGUGAAAAAGGAGCCAAAAUUCGGUUUCGGCAUCAACGGUCUAAUGGCACCAGUACCGCGGCUAGUGACACCAUCAGUGCCACACCCGGUGCAUCCACAGCUACAUUCUAUGCCACAUCACCUACUACCGGAUAAGCCAGAGCUGAGUCGAGCACUGUUCCCUCCACUGCCUUACCCAUUCUAUCCAUUUGCGAAAAUACCUUCCGACGAUGGCAAACUGGCAGCCGAGUUGGCGCAUUUGCAGGCACUAUACGGCGGAGCGCUAUACAGCAGUGCCCUUUACAACAGCGCACUCUCCCCUUGCGGUUGUCCACCACGACGAACGCCCUCCCCUCCUCCUGCCGACGUGAAGCGUCCCGUCGCCUACGUUCUCAUGAAGAGUGACGAGGAACCUCCUCAGCACGUCAUCUGAAGGCCGGUCGCGCUCCCUGCGAGGGCCUGGCCCUCACAUUGGGAGCGACCUUCCACCUCCGUGCAGGAGCGCGAGACCAGCUCACCAGAUAGUGUGUAAGACUGAAUGGAAGGACAUUGAUACUUGAACAUGUGUAAUAGUGAGGAGACAUUUGACAGAUUUACUUGUUUCGGCCACAAAUUGUUUCGGUUUCGGUUUCCGUUGGAAUAGUGUUUGUUGUUGCAUGGCAUUAAAUAAAAUGGUGCUGUUUGUGACAUGUUUUUUAUCAAGAAUGGACUUCAAACGUGCAAUCAAUGUUACUGUUAAUGUGCAAUGUACCUUUUAGUUACUUUCUUGUAAGGAGCACUUUGAAUAGAUAACAUAUCAUAGAAUUUACUCUUCAACUGUGUAAUAAAUAGACGUUAGUUAGGUAAAUUAAUGUCAAUUUUGUAAAAAAAGACUAUUUUAAAACGUGUAUACAAUUCUUAAACACUUCAAUACUAUUGUUUUUGUUGAAUUAGUUUCUGUAUUUAAUAGCCUUCGUGGUAUCCGAACAAAUGUAGCUCAACUUUAAUGCAUUUAAUGUAUUUAAUCACUAAUAACUUGUAGUGCAAUAUCGUAAAAUGUAAUCAAAAAACUUACAUUGUAAGAAGAAG